CACCAUUUCAUGUUGACACAGGGUAAUUGUUCAUCAAUCAAACAGCCCUGAUCACUCAAGUGAGCAUAUACGCCUAAUGGCUGGAUCAGUGAUGCCUCCCAGGUUUUCAGCGUUGCAACCAUCAUCAAAGUUAGAGGGUGAAUACUUGAUCAAGAUUCCAAGCGCAUACACUUUUGGUCCUCGAAUCUUCGGAGGAGCUGCUGUUGCGGUAGCCCACAAAGCUGUCAAUGACUACAUAUCAAAGAACUAUCCAGAUCUUGACCAGCCAGAUGUGAUCAACAUUCAAUGGCAAUUCCUGCGGUAUCUCACGCCCACUGAAGCAUGCAUCUUCAUCACCCCAGUGCAUAUUGGGAAAUCCGCAUCUACGGUGAGAGCUACGAUACAACAGGGUGGCAAAGAUGCUAUGGUAGGGCUCUUGAACUUGACCAAUAUCGCUCAACCAGCGAACGGAUUCUCGUUUGAUGUACCCUGGAAUAUCAACCCCAGACCAACAGAGGUAAACCUCUCGAAACUCUCAGAUGAUGCAGACGAUCGAUGGAUCUCUAUCCUUACACCUUACAACCCCAAAGGUUUUCGCAAAGUCCAUUCAUAUCUGAAGUUCUUCGUUCCCGUCGACCUUGAGGAUCCAAGCUACCGCGAGCAGUGGAUCACUCCAACAGACCCAGACAACUGGUUUACAAACGAUAUGCUUGGAUUCGUAGCCGAUGUUUCUCUCCCUAUCCUAGACAACUACUUCCCAGGAUCCACUGGGUCGCAAGCAUCUAGUGUGAAGAUUGGGUUACAGCAGAGGAAGAACCGUAAUGCAGGUAUCGCAGAAACCCUGGACGAGUCUUCGGGCUCUUACAUUGCUCCCGCAAUGAUCAGCUCCCAGUCCAUGAAUUUGGAGAUCAGGAAACGUUUGCCUCAGAAAGGAGUAAAGUGGCUCUAUGUGCGUGCUACUGCGAAGCGAAUUAUGAACUCUCGCAUGUCGAUGAAGGUUGAGAUUCUGGACGAAGGUAUGGAACUGGUAGCCUUAGCGCAACAUCUCUGUGCUAUUAUCGAUCUGAGGCGACAGCAAGGUAUCAAAGGCAAGAUGUGAUAAGCAUGAAUCGCCAAUGUAAACAGGCUGAGAGUGUAUACAUGCAUGCAUGUGAGCUGAUCAGCAGCAAUAUACUAAAUCUUCAUCGU